UGUGAUGUCGAGUUCUCCACGACCACCACCACACCACCACACCAACAAAAUCCCUGUCACCACCACCACCACCAUCAGUAUAGCCCACACCGCCACCACCACCACUAGUGCCUUCACCCACACAACAUAAAGAACGUGAAGCCAACACAAACAUCACCAUCAGUACCACAGCGUCCACCACCACAAGAACACGUGCUUUCAACCCUUCCCUCACCACCACCACCGCUACUGUACAAAGAACUUAGACCCAACACCACAUAACGUUCAUUCACUCAACCUCCACUUCCUCAUAUCCUAAGGUUCAUUAACUCUGUCACACUACUACUACUACUACAACUACUACAACCGGCACCGUUAGCUGUUUUGGGUCCUCCUUCCACCACCACCACCACCUCCAUCACCAGCUCCCCAGAGUGGUGGCACGAAGGGCGAGGUCCCCCCCUAGUGGUUCCCGUCCCUCCCUUCCCCCAGCCCCGCCCCGUGCCUUCAGAUGGCGGGGGAGCGGCGUGGGGUGCUGGGGGCGGCUCUCCUGGCGGCAGCGGCGGCGGUGGUGUUCGCUGCCAUUCCGGGGCCGAGAUACCUCCGCUACCCUGACUACAUCGUGGACCCCAAGGUGAAGUGUCGGACCGAAGGUGUUUUCCCGCACCCCAGGAACUGCUCGUGGUACUACAGAUGUGUGGACCGCAUGAACGUUGGCUUCUAUCACACGUAUUACUUCGAGUGUGAGCCGGGCACUGUGUUUGAUGACUUCCUCGACCAGUGCAUCUUCCCCCACCUCGUCAGUCCCCCCUGCGGCACGGGAGGACACGGCACCACACCGCCUACCAUUGCUACAAUACCAACGUCUAAGCCUGUCACUAUUACUGUCCUCUGUCAGUAUGAAAGUGAAAAAUGUCUUCGUUUCGCUCCCUGCACUCAGCCAAGGACGCUGUGUGAAGGUUGCUACAUCGGGGACUUUCUCAAUAGAACGUGUGAAGAAUGCUAUCUGUAUGAUCUCUCGGCAAAGAUCUGCGUGCCCCGACCCCCUGAUGCUGACUCGUGUGACGUUUCCCCGCCAAGCCCACCCCUUACUAGUCCCUCCACCACGCUCUCCACCAAACCUUCCACCACACCGUUCACUACCACGCCGUCUACCACGGCCUCCACCACACCGUUCACUACCACGCCUUCUACCACGGCCUCCACCACACCGUUCACUACCACGCCUUCUACCACGCCCUCCACCACACCCCUCAACAUUAUUCUGAACUGCCAGUUCCGGGAUGCAGACUGCCGCCGCUACGCGCCCUGCAGCCAGCCCAGGACGCUGUGCAGCGGCUGCUACAUCGGCAGCUUCUUCUACAACACGUGUCAGGCCGACGAGCUGUUCGACAAGACGGCGAGACUCUGCGUGCCGCGGCCCGCAGACUGGGAGUUGUGUGGCGCCUCCCCCGCACCCACACCGCCAACCACCAAGCUCCCCACCACGCCUUCCACCACUCCCUCCACUACACCCGCAACUACACCCUCCACCACGCCCUCAACCACACCCUCCACUACGCCCUCCACCACGCCUUCCACCACGCCCUCCACCACGCCCUCAACCACACCCUCCACCACGCCCUCAACCACACCCUCCACUACACCCUCCACCACGCCUCCCACCACACCCUCCACAACGCCCUCCACCACACCUUCCACCACGCCCUCAACCACACCCGCCACCAAGCCUUCAACCACGCCCUCCACCCUGCCCCCCAGCACCGUCUUGAACUGCCAGUUCCGGAACGCAGACUGCCGCCGCUACGCGCCCUGCAGCCAGCCCAGGAUGCUGUGCAGCGGCUGUUACAUCGGCAGCUUCUUCUACAACAUGUGUCGGGACGACGAGCUGUUCGACAAGACGACGACGCUCUGCGUACCGCGGCCCGCAGACUGGGAGUUGUGUGGCGCCUCCCCCGCACCCACACCGCCAACCACCAAGCCCCUCACCACGCCUUCCACCACUCCCUCCACUACACCCUCCACCACGCCUUCCACCACGCCUUCCACCACUCCCUCCACUACACCCUCCACCACGCCUUCCACCACGCCUUCCACUACACCCUCCACCACGCCUUCCACCACGCCUUCCACCACGCCUUCCACGACACCCUCCACCACGCCUUCCACCACUCCCUCCACUACACCCUCCACCACGCCUUCCACCACGCCUUCCACCACUCCCUCCACUACACCCUCCACCACGCCUUCCACCACGCCUUCCACCACUCCCUCCACUACACCCUCCACCACGCCUUCCACCACGCCUUCCACUACACCAUCCACCACGCCUUCCACCACGCCUUCCACCACUCCCUCCACUACACCCUCCACCACGCCUUCCACCACUCCCUCCACUACACCCUCCACCACGCCUUCCACCACGCCUUCCACCACUCCCUCCACUACACCCUCCACCACGCCUUCCACCACGCCUUCCACCACACCUUCCACCACGCCCACACCCACCACCACUACGCCCUCCACCCUGCCCCCCAGCACCGUCCUGAACUGCCAGUUCCGGGACGCAGACUGCCGCCGCUACGCGCCCUGCAGCCAGCCCAGGACGCUGUGCAGCGGCUGCUACAUCGGCAGCUUCUUCUACAACAUGUGUCAGGCCGACGAGCUGUUCGACAAGACGGCGAGGCUCUGCGUGCCGCGGCCCGCAGAAACUGAGGUGUGUGGCGCCCCUCCCGCCACCGUCCCCACCACGCCCUCCACCACGCCCGCAACCACACCCGCCACCACGCCACCCAAGACGCCUUCCACCACGCCCUCCACCACACCCUCAACCACACCCGCCACCACGCCACCCACGACGCCUUCCACCACGCCCUCCACCACACCCUCAACCACACCCGCCAUCACGCCACCCACGACGCCUUCCACCACGCCCUCUACAACGCCCUCCACCACACCUUCAACCACACCCUCCAUCACUCUUUCCACCACGCCCUUUACCACACCCUCCACCACGCCCACACCCACCACCACUACGCCCUCCACCCUGCCCCCUAGCACCAUCCUGAACUGCCAGUUCCGGGACGCAGACUGCCGCCGCUACGCGCCCUGCAGCCAGCCCAGGACGCUGUGCAGCGGCUGUUACAUCGGCAGCUUCUUCUACAACAUGUGUCAGGGCGACGAACUGUUCGACAAGACGGCGAGGCUCUGCGUGCCGCGGCCUCCAGAGUCCCAACAUUGUUCCUCAACCACAGCAGCAAAGCCUCCUACCCCUGCCCCCAGUGCCUUCCCUGCCCCCGCCCCCAUCACCCCUGCCCCCACCCCCAGCACCCCUGCACCCAGUGCCUUCCCUGCCCCCGCCCCCAGCACCCCUGCCCCCAGUGCCUUCCCUGCCCCCAGUGCCUUCCCUGCCGCAGCUCCUUCCACCCCUGCCCCCGCCCCCACCACCCCCUCCCCCGUCAUCGUGGCACUCUCGCAGGACUUCAACGUGCAGUGUUCGAGCGCCAAGAUGAACCACGUCGUGCCGCGGGUCAAGGAACUUGAGUGUGACCAAUACUUCUUCUGUGGCCCCGACGGGACCUACGAGGGUAAGCGGUGGCUGUGUCGAGGCUACUACCACUGCCAGCGACCCCAGGGCGGCGGCGGCUGGAGGCUGGAGCAGCGCACCUGUCCCGGGGAGAUGCUCUUCAGCGAGGAGGCCGACAGCUGCGCGCCGGCCCCGUCAGAUUCUGAGUUGUGUUCCUCGUCCUCCGGCACGGCGGCGGCUGCACCGGGUAGACCCAGCACCCCUGCCCCCGCCCCCAGCACCCCUGCCCCCAGUGCAUUCCCUGCCCUCGCCCCCAGCACCCCUGCCCCCAGUGCCUUCCCUGCCCCCGCCCCCAGCACCCCUGCCCCCAGUGCAUUCCCUGCCCCCGCCCCCAGCACCCCUGCCCCCAGUGCCUUCCCUGCCCCAGCUCCUUCCACCCCUGCCCCUAGUGCCUUCCCUGCCCCCGCACCCAGCACCCCUGCCCCCAGUGCCUUCCCUGCCGCAGCUCCUUCCACCCCUGCCCCCAGUGCCUUCCCUGCCCCCGCACCCACCACCCCAGGCACCCCCUCCCCUGUCAUCGUGGCUCUCUCGCAGGACUUCAACGUGCAGUGUUCGAGCGCCAAGAUGAACCACGUCGUGCCGCGGGUCAAGGAACUUGAGUGUGACCAAUACUUCUUCUGUGGCCCCGACGGGACCUACGAGGGUAAGCGGUGGCUGUGUCGAGGCUACUACCACUGCCAGCGACCCCAGGGCGGCGGCGGCUGGAGGCUGGAACAGCGCACCUGUCCCGGGGAGAUGCUCUUCAGCGAGGAGGCCGACAGCUGCGCGCCGGCCCCGUCAGAUUCUGAGUUGUGUUCCUCGUCCUCCGGCACGGCGGCACCUGCACCGGGUAGACCCAGCACUCCUGCCCCCGCCCCCAGCACCCCUGCCCCCAGUGCCUUCCCUGCCCCCGCCCCCAGCACCCCUGCCCCCAGUGCAUUCCCUGCCCCCGCCCCCAGCACCCCUGCCCCCAGUGCCUUUCCUGCCCCCGCCCCCAGCACCCCUGCCCCCAGUGCCUUCCCUGCCCCAGCUCCUUCCACCCCUGCCCCCAGUGCCUUCCCUGCCCCCGCCCCCAGCACCCCUGCCCCCACACCCCUGCCCCCAGUGUCUUCCCUGCCCUAG